AUGCUGCGUAAUGGUGUCUUUAGUUUUGUACAAAAACGGAUAUCUAAAGCCAUCACAGUGAUUGGCUAUCCAAGCAAAGAUGAGUACAUACUGUCCUUCCCUGUCAAUACAGAAGUUAUUGUGUACAGUAAAGAAGCUGGUACAAACAAAGACCUUUGGGGAGUAGAGAUUAAAGGAAAGAGAGGUUAUGUCCCAAAAAGAUAUCUACGAGAAACAAAACUCUUUGUAAAGAAGCUGGAAUAUGAAGUGCCAACAGAACUAGGAGCAAAUGUGCCUGACCCUCAAGAUAAUAAGCAGGUUGAAGAACCGAAAUCUGAGAACUUGGAUUUACAGCAUGAAGUUGAACAGCAAAAUGAUGAGCAAGUUGCAGAUCAGGUGGCUGCAAGUGCUGAGGAUAUAGAGUUUCAACGUGUGACAAAAGGCUUAAGUCUGGAAGAUGAACAAAAAGAAGAAAUACCAGAUGAAGUUGGAGGUGAUGAUAAUGAAGGGUCUGAAGAAGUGAAGGAUAGAAGUAUUGAUGGCAGUACUUCUGUUGAGGAAGACCAAAAAGUAGUGGAUCCUGAAGUAAAAUCAGAGAGUGUUGAAAGUAAAGAUGAACGAAUUGACUCAGAAAAUGCUUCCCUUCAGAAUGAGUUGCAGGAACAAGCUGAAAGUGAAACGGUGUCUGAUGGAGAACCAGAUCCACUGGAAACUAGCUCUCAGAUUGGAGAUAUGCCUUCCCCAACUCCCACACCAUCGUCACCUGAUUAUGAAGUUAUUGAUGGCACUACAAUAUAUUUUGACGACCCACCACCUGCUGAAGUUCCAUCAGUUAUAGCGGAGUCAUCUAUUCACCUUGACUCUUCUUCUGUAGUAAAUGAGGAAUAUUCAUCUGCACAAACACCUCCCAUCAUAACGGAUACUUUCACUGUGACUGAUGUGAAUGCCUUUGAUGCAACUGAACCGACAGUCACACAGAGUCUAGACAGUGCAACUUCUGAUGAAUCAGAGUUGGAGAGUGAGACUGUAGUGCAUGAUUUAAAUCCAGAGCCUACAGAGAGUGUAACACAGCUUUUCACAGAUCAGAGUGAUAUUAUUUUGGUUGAUUCUAAACCAGAUAUCAGUCCUACUUCAUCGUCUUGGAUUGCUCAAGCUGCAACUUCUGUGACUUCUUGGUUUGGUGAAUCAGGUGAAGUGCAAGAAAAUAAUGAUUUAGAGAGCAGGAAAAGUGAAGACAAUGAUGGAGAUGCUCAGUUACCUUUGCAUGAUUCAAAUGAAAAGGAUUCGAAAGAUGAAGAUAAAUCAGACUUCAUGGUACCAAAACCUGAGUCAAUCAUAGAGGAAGUAGUCACUCAGGAACCUGAAGCAGAAGAGGAAAGUACAGGUUUCUUUUCAUCUUGGUUUGGAAGUUCUGAAGAUACUAAUGAGGAGUCUGAAAACCCCUCAUCAGAAUCUGAUUUUAUGGAAUCUGACAGAGACUCUCAGGAUAAAAGUGAUGUAAAGCUAAAUGUGGUUUCUGAGGAAGGAAGCCCAGUGGAGUCAGAACAAACUGCUGAUCCUACUGUGUCUUCUGUGCCCUCGGAUGCUGAAAAUACCCUUGUAGAUCAGUAUGAGCCUCCUGCUUCUGAUGUAGAUGAUACAGCUUAUAAACCCCAUGCAGUACAAGAUGGCCCUCCCACGGUAGAGUCCAGUCCUGAUGCCACAGUUGUGCCUAACCCUCAGGCAUUCACAGAUGACCUUACUUCAACAGAUGACACCCUUACCCCUAGUGAUGCAUAUGAUAAUGCUGAAGAGGAUUCAGAUCAGAGUUCAGGUAUGGAUAUGUUGCUUGUUGGUGAUGGGCCUAAUAUAAGUGUAGGAAGUACUGGGAAUGUUAUAGAAAGUAGUGACAAACUAAAAGAAAAGAGCUUUGAAGAAGAGUUAGACAUAAAAGCCACACAGCUUCUUCCAGACAGUGUAGAUGAAACUAGUUCUAUUUCAGUUAGAGCAAAUGAAUUGCAUGAUACUGUGGAUAGUGAGAAUAGUGGGGGAAUAGCAGUUUCUGACUCUGGUAGUAAGAGGGAUAGUAGUAGAGAGCAUGAACCAUAUGGCUUGCAUAUGGAAAAAGAAAGUAAGGAGGAUGAGCAUGUGUUAGAGAGUAGCAAAAGCCUUAGUACUGCUACAGCAAGAGAUGCUUUAGCAACCAGUGAAGAUACACAGGAUAAGGAGUCUGAAGGUCAAGAUAUACCUACUGAAGGUAUAGAUAAUGGUAUUUCUUCCAAUAGUUUAUCUUCAAAUGAGACCUCAAGAAGGGAAAAAAGGUCUCAUAAGAACAAAACUGUGAAAAAUGAUCAAAGUAAAUUAGAAAAGAAAAUCAUUCCUUCAAAUGUAGCAUCCUCCAUUACAGAAAAUGUGAAUGUUUCUGCAAGUGACAGUAGCAGUAAUAGUGCUGGUGUUACUGGUGAGAGUGUAACUAACACUGACCAUAACCAUCAACCAACCGUAGAUACUGAAGCACAAAGUGUAGAAUCCCCUCUGUUGGUGUCCUCUGAAGUAGAAGAUAGUCCUUCAAGAGUUGAAGAUAGUCCUUCAGAGCUUGGUGAGAUGGAGCAGUUAAAUGUUGUUUCUAGAGAAUUGCCAAAUUUUGAAGUAAAGUCUGUCAUUGAUAAUGGUGUUCAUAAAUCUGCUCCAAGUGAUUUUACUGAGCCUUCAGUUGUUUAUAGUGACCUUUUAGAAGUUAACAGUGUUUCUGAUGUAGAUGAUCCUCCUGCCUCCUCAGACAACGAGCAGGAAGAAUUAGGGCCCAGUACUGCACGGCCACUGUUUGCAGAACCAACUCCUAGUGUAGACCCUGAGAACUUAGCACAUCUUGCAGGUGAGUUUCAAGCAAAAGCAUUUGGUAUUAACUUAUUGCACCUAACAGGUUUAGUGUCAAAUGACACAGAUCACCUUAUUUGUGCACAUUUUAGAACUGAUGACUCCUUCCUUAAAUUACUAACAAACAGCAUUAUAGGUCAUAACACUCGUAAGAAAAAUGUUCAUGGUGCUAUCAAAUUAAUUGAGAAACUCUUCACUGAUGUUGGUCAGGAGGAUGUAACUCCUGAAUAUUUUGAAGAAAAGCUUGAACUUUUAGCACAGAGGAAAAGUGUUCCAAGUAAGACCAAUUUAGAUCCAAAUUGUUAUGAUGAAGUUCCUUCUGUCCCAUAUGCCAAAGGAACAAAUGAUAAUGAUAUUCAAAAUAGGGAAGAGGAUGUACUUACUGUAGAUUUGCCAAAUUCUUUAUAUAAAGUGUCAGUAGAGGAAGAGCCAGAGAGUUUUUUAAGGCAACUAUCUCUAUCAGAUCAAAGUGAUAUUUUUGGUGAAUCACAAGGUUUAGUCAGUACUUUUAAUUCUUUAGAGAAGAAAAAUGAAAUUAAUAAUGUUGAAUAUCAGGUUGAUAGAAGUGAUGCAAUAGAAAUGCCCAAAAUUCAGGAUCAACUAUUGCUCACAUCAUCUGAUGAUAAAGACAGUAACUUUCUGUCCAAGUCUUUAGAUAAAGAAAUGGAUUUAAUUUCUAGCAAGUCUUCAGUAGAGCCGGUGAAUUCUAUUUUGAAUGAAACCAUCACUUUUGGAAAUGUCAUUGAACAUGAUAGUGAUGUCAUACCACUUGAAUCUAAAGAAGUAACAGCAGAAUUUGAGUCUCAUGAUGAAAUAUCUAACAAUAUGAUUGAUGAGAAAUUUGAUACCCAUAUACAUUUAGUGCAUGAGAGGGAUACUCAGUCAUCCAAAGUUUUUGGUGAAGAAGUAUUGUUACAUCAAGAUGUAAUUAGAGAUGUGUAUACUUUAUCAACUGGAGAGAUUGUCAAAUCAAAUGUUUUAAAUGAUGCAGAUGCAUCUGUCAGCGAAAUCAAUGCUGUUGAUACCAUCACAGCUGAAGGAACAAUUGAAGCAGAUGGUUCUUUCACAGUUGGAACUGUUGGUGAGGAAGUUGAUAUUUUUUCUGCAAUAGGCUUAGAUGAAAUGAUACAUGAAGUCCAUACCCAUGUAGCUGAACUUACAGAUGAAAUUGAUAUUGUCUCACCUGAGUUUGUGGUUGAGGAAGUUGAUAUUGUCUCACCUGAAUCUAUAGUUGAGGAGGUUGGUAUUGUCUCAUUUGAAACUGUAGUUGAAGAAAUUGCUGCUGUUAGAGCUGAAGCUGUAGUAGAAGUUGAUAUUGUCAGUGCUGAUGCAAUUGUGGAAGUUCAUGCCGUCUUAACUGAAUCUGAAUCUGAAGUUGAUACUCUCUUGAAUGAAGUUGCAGAUGAAGUUGAUACAGUUGCAGAUGGCUUUGUCUAUGAGGAAAUUGUUACUGCUGUAGUUGAAGCUGUAAAAGUGGAUAAAGAUGAUACUGGCACAACUGAAGAGGUUUUUGAUGAUGAUGAUGAGACCUUCUUUGCUAAGCUUGAAAGUGUUUCAGCUGAAGUUCUUGCUGAAAUUAAUACUGCCUCACCUGAAGCUGGUAUUAGUGAAACUGCUACAGUCUUACCUGUAAUCACAGUCGUUUCAGCUGAAGAUAAUAUCUUAGCUGAAGCUUUAGUUGAUGAUGUAAUUGAGAAAGUUGAUACUGUUGCAUCUGGAACUAAUGUUGAAGUUCAUAUUUUCUCAGCUGAUGCUUCUGUUGGGAAAACUAAUAUUGUCUCAGUUGAACCUGCAGUUAGAGAAGCUGAUAUUUCCAAAGAUGAAGUUUCUGUUGAGAUUAAAAUUGCCUCAGCUAAAGUUGAUACUAUUUCAGACAAAGUUAGAGUUGAAUUUGAUAAAAUCUCACCUGAAACUGAGGUUGAGGAAGUUGAUACUGUCACAGUUGAAGCUGUUGUUAAUGAAGCUAAUAUAGACCCAGCAGGCACUGAAGUUGAGGAAGUUAACGAGGAAAUUCCCACAUCUGUCUUUGAUCUUGAGAUGAUUGAUACAGCUACAACUGAAGCUGCUGUUCAUGGAAUUGAUGCUGUCAUAACUAAAGCAGCUCUUAAAGUUGGUACUGACACCGCUAAGGAGGAACUUGCUGCUGUCUCAACAGAAAUUGUAAUUGAGCAUGUUGAUGUCUCAAAAGAAGUUGCUGUUGAGCAGGUUGAUGCAAUCUCAAUGGAAGUUGCAGUUGCAGAAGAUAAUAUCUCAACUGAAACUGCUGUUCAGGGAGCUGAGACAGUAACUGCUGAAGCUGCAGUUGAAGUUUUAACUGGAACUGUGAUCAAGUCAACUGCUGAUACGGUCUUAGGUCAAUCUGCUGCAGUCAAGGGUGAUUCUACAUUUGAUGCCAUUGCUGUUAAAACUGCAAUUGAAAGGAUUAUUGUCUCAACUGACACUGCUGGUGAGGUAGUUGGUACUGUCACAGUUGAAACUGCAAUUGAGGGAGCUGAUGCUGUCAUAACUGAAGCUGUCACUGAAGCUGAUACUAAGACAACUAUUGAAGGACUUGAUACUGUCUCAACUGAAGCUGUAGUUGAUGUUGCAGUAGAAAAGGCUAAUGCUGUACCAGUAAAAGUUGAGGGAGUUAUUACUGUGUCUGAUGAAAAUGUUGUUGAGGAAACUGAUAGUAUCACAGCUGAAGCAGCAGUUGUUGAGGUUGGAAUUUUAACAAAUAAAUCUUCUGUUGAGGAAGUUGAUACUGUCAUAGUUGAAACUAUAGCUGAAGAUAAUACAGUGGCAGCUAAAACUGCAGUAAAGUUAGUUGAUGUUGCAUUAGAGGAAAAUAACAUUUUUAGAACUGAAGCAGUUAUUGAAAAAGUUGAUAGUGCAACAGCUGAAGUGGGAGUUGAUGUAAUUGAGGCUGUCACAGCUGAAAUUGCUGUUGAGGAGUUUGACUCUGUCAGAGUUGAUGUUGACAGUAUCUCAGAUGUAGUUGCAGUUGAGGAAGUUAAUUUUGUUUCAGUCGAAGCAGCAUUUGAAGAAGUUGAUAUUGUCAUAGAUGAAGCUGUGGUGAAAGGUACUGUCUCAGAUGAUGCUGUAGUUGAAGUUCUAGCUUUUUCAGCACAAGCAGCAUUUGAGGAAAUUGAUACUGUCUCAGUUGAAGCUACAAUUGAAGAUGUCAGAGUGGAAGCUGCAGUUGAAGGUCAUGCUGUUUCAUAUGAAACUGCAUUUGAGGAACUGAAACUGCAGUUGAUAGUAUUUCAUCUGUAG